AUGAGAAACAUCAAAGCUUCAAAGAAGAUGUCUUUCUGUCUGCAAACUCCAACCUUCAUUGAAUGGCUCAAACCAUCAAUCUCUCCUCAUCCUUCUUCUUCUUCUUCUUCUCCUUCUUCUUCUUCUUCAAUAUUAACUCAACAAGCCCAGUUUAUUACACAACCUUUCUUUUAUCAGCAACAACAACAACAACAAGAAGAAGAAGAAGAAGAAGAACUCCAUCACCAAAACAAUCCAUGUUUACCUCUCCUUAACAGGUUAACUGAGACUUAUAAGCCCUUGAAAGAAGAGGUCAUUGAAGUACAAGAAGAGAAACUAGAGAAGGUUACUGUGGCUUUGCACAUUGGGUUACCCAAUAUGGAAGAUUCUGAUGAGACUGAAAUGAAACACUUAACCUAUAAGGAAGAGGAAUCCAUGAAGAAAAAGAAGAAUCUUGAAGGUUGUCCAUUGAGUACUGAAAGUAGGUUUUGGAUUCCCACACCAGCUCAGAUCCUUAUUGGUCCAACCCAGUUCAUCUGCUCCAUCUGCAACAAAACCUUCAAUAGGUAUAACAAUAUGCAGAUGCAUAUGUGGGGACAUGGCUCACAAUACAGAAAAGGACCAGAAUCACUUAGAGGAACUCAACCAACAGCAAUGUUGAGACUUCCUUGUUAUUGUUGUGCUCAAGGCUGCAAGAACAACAUCAAUCAUCCUCGAGCCAAACCGCUGAAAGAUUUCAGAACUCUUCAAACACAUUACAAGAGAAAGCAUGGAAUAAAGCCAUUCAUGUGUAGAAAAUGUGGCAAACCAUUAGCAGUUAAGGGUGAUUGGAGAACACAUGAAAAGAAUUGUGGGAAGCUAUGGUAUUGUACAUGUGGAUCAGAUUUUAAACAUAAAAGAUCAUUAAAAGACCACAUUAGAUCAUUUGGAAAGGGUCAUUCUCCACACCCUUCUCAUAAAAGCUUUGAUGAAGAAAAAGAAUGUGUCACAGGAUCUGAAGAUGAAGUGGGUUCAGGAAGACCAUAGAAGUCUCUCUCUAUAUAUGGUCUACAUGUUUGAAGCUCUAUGAACAAUCCUUUUAUCUUUUCUUUUCUUUUGUUUUUUGUUAUUAGGGUAUAAGUUUUCUCUGAGCUUAUCUAAGCUUGUGCUCAGUAACAAAAAACUCUCAACAAGUGUCUUAACUGCAGGAAACACAGAGAGAGAAGUUUGCUUCGGAGCACUGGCAGAAUGAUUAGCCAUAUAAUAACUUGAGACAGUUUGGUAUAAGUGAGUUUGAUAAGCAUGGUCAUGAAGUAGUUGAAUUUUCUUCAGACUCAAGAACUUAUCAGCAUGAAGGUUCAAGGUUUGUACCAAGAAUCAGGUGUCUGUAAUCUUUCAUUAAUGGGGAAAAUUUGUCCACUUCAUUGAUUAACUAGAUAAUCUUAAUAUAUAUAAUAAAUGGAUUGUUCUUUCUCUCAA